CCACCGUCGUUGCCGACAUGGUACCACCAGAGUCAUGGAGCACUGUGUUCUUCUAUCGAUUCUGCACAGACCUAAUCGCAGACCUGGCGAUUCCUCCCCUGACCUCCGUUUUAAUGUCCAAGAACAUAUGGAUCCCCCUCCUUGGCGCCGUAUUCUUCCAAGGGAGCUGUGCCGCGAUGCUGCUCAUCCUACCAGAGACGUCGCCGCUGCCUAUGCCCGAAGAUGCCGGGCGCCCGCUUAUGGCCACGACCACUUCCGAGCCAGAAGACUAUCCAAAAUCUGCCAAGUGGUGGAAGCACAAAAAGCGCCGGGCUAGAGACUCGUUCAGUUUCGUCCAACGCGAUUCAGCUGUUGCAGCUCUCGUGUUGACCUUUUUGAUUUCGAAAGUCGGACGUCAGUCGACCAAUGUCCUUCUCCAAUAUGCCUCCAAAAGAUACGGCUGGACCCUCUCACAGGCUGGACUAUUACUGUCUUUGCGUGCGGCUGUGAACAUUGCUUUGUUUGCCCUCAUUUUGCCAGAGGUUGCUGCUUUUGCCCUCCCACGUGUCGGUUCAGCGUCUCUUAGAGAUCUUUGGCUCGCCAGAGGAAGUAUUAUAUUUUUACUCCUUGGGACCUUUUUACUGUUUUUGUCGGCAACUCCUGCUCUGAUGAUCAUUGGCAUCAUCUUGUUCACACUGGGAACUGGUUUUGCACCUACAGCCCGCAGUUUGGUGACCUCACUUUGUCGAAUCUCACAAUAUAGAGACAACCAGUGA